UCAUUCCAAAUCUUUUUUAUUUCCAAUUUAUUAUCAUUUUUGGAAAUUUUAUUUUGUUGAAAAGUUGAAAUAAUUAAUAUUUGUUACUAAUUUGAUUCCUAAAAUGUCAAUCAAUGAAUCAUUUGUGGAGGAUAAGAUUGGAAGGCGGCUGGAUCGUUGCGUUUCAGACGCUGUAGUUAAAGGAUGUGGUGGCCUAAUAGUUGGAUUGGCUAUGUCUGUGUUUUUUUUUAAAAGACGACCAUGGCCUGCCUUUCUUGGAACAGGAUUUGGAACUGGUAUUGCAUAUAGAACAUGUGAAAAAGAAGUAAACUUGUUUAAGUAGUUGACAAUAAUAUAAUUUACAAUUCAUUCAAUGUGAAGUUAAAAUAAAAGAAAA